CUACACACACACUCCUUCGCUCCGCCACUGUGGGAACAGCACGAGGGAAGCGCGGCGGCGCUGUCGUUCCGUGCUCUCUGCGGGGCCGCGUGUGGCGCGUUGUGCUGGCAAGGUCCUCGCUCGCCUCCUUCCCCCCCUUCAAGUUGCUGGCUUCCCCGCCUGGUCUGCCGCACUCCCCGCUCCUUGUUCUGUCAGCGGCUGCUGCUGCUGUUUCUGGACCAAAGUCAGCUUCGGUCGCUACGGUGGAUCUUUCCUCGACGUCGUCUUCCUCGUCGUCGGCGGUCACAGGGGGAGACUCGCCGUCCUCGUCGUCGUCAAAGGGUGUCCGCGACCAGCGGGUGGGUGCCGUGGUAGGCGGCCGGCGCGCGCCGGCCAUGGCCGCCGACCGCCGCCUGUCGCUGGUGGCCGCCGAGCCGCUCAGCCCCGGAGACUCCCUGGGACCCGUGCCGCCGCUAGGCCUAGCGGGGGUGGACCCGCUCGCGGCGCUCGCGUGGCGCUGCCUCGACGAACCGCCUGCGCCGGCCAACGCCGCCGUCAAGGCGGUGUCGGCCUGGCGCGGCCGCCCCUCGGAGAGCCCGGAGCCGGACGACGACCAGCGGCGGCAGCAGCACGAGGAGGAAGAGGAGGAAGAGCGUCUCCGGUGGCUGUCGCAGCUGCCGGCGGCGCGCCACCCGCAGGAGCAGAACCUCGAGGUGACGCUCGCGUCGCAGCAGCUGCAGCUGCGCGUGUGCCGGCCCGUGCAGAGGGGCGAGCCGCUGCUCGCCUGGUUCUCGCGCGAGCUGGCCGACUUGCUCAGGCUGCCCGCGGCGCCCAGGAACACCACCAACGCCCACGGUGGCGAGAAGCCGUACCGGUGUCCUCUGUGCAGCGACUCGUUCGCGAACCCGUACCCGGUGGUGUCGCACCUCAUGUACCGCUGCCCCGCGAGGCACCACGCCGCGUCGGCCGAGGUGCCGCCUCCGCCACCUCCGCAUACGGUGCCACGGCGGACGAGUGAGGGCGCGCCAGAGCCCGUCUCCGGCCUGGACGCCAAACCGAGGACGCCGCUGGCCGCCACUUCGCUGCCGGCGGCCAGGAAGGUCAAGGGCUUCGACAUCGCCUCGCUCACCGACUGCUGUAGCGGUGGUGGAGGAACGGAGAGCAAGCACCAGGCGGCCAGCACGAAAGACGCCAAGUUGACGCUGGACAGGUUGACGACUACGCGAGGUGAAGCCGCAACGGCGUCACCACAGGCGCAUUCGCCGGCGGCGGCGUCCGAGUAUGGUGCGGCGGCCUGCGUGCCCGAUGACCUGUCUUUCAAGCGGCCUUCCAAGAAGCGCGCCAGGGCGGACGACGACGCUGCUGCGAUGGCACCGCCUUCGAGCGCCUUCAAGAAGGUCGACAAAACUGACAGGUCUCCACCCGGAUUGUCCCCUGUUGCCGGCGGCUUUCCAUUCGCUUUUCCGUACGGCCUGCCGCCAUCCAGCCCCCUCUGCGCCCAGUUUCCGCUGCUGCCCGUGUUCGGGCCACUCCUGGACCCCAAGGUCGAAGACGACGGUGUCUACGACAAGAACGCUUCGCCCACCGGCAACAACUCAUCGGCGGCCGCAGCAGCGGCAGCAGCCGCAGCUGCGGCAGCCGCGCGACGGUUCCUUCCUGCCGCCGCCGCCGCCGCUGCCGCAGCGGCCGCAGCGGCGCAGUACCCAGCUGCAGCGGUACUGCCCUACCUUCCGCCCUCGCUGGCAGCGCUGUCUCUGCCGUCUCAGAACUGGUGCGCCAAGUGCCAGACGAGUUUCCGCAUGACCAGCGACCUGGUGUAUCACAUGCGCUCGCACCACAAGCGAGAGCCGGACCCGGCCAAGAAACGGCGAGAGGACAAGCUGCGCUGCCACAUUUGCCACGAGAGCUUCCGCGAGCGGCAUCAUCUCACCCGACACAUGACGUCUCACCAGUGACGUGGUGAUGACGCGUCCCUCGCUACUGCAAGCUGCACGGACGGUUGCCGCUGAGACGCCACGCGCCAGCAUUGGUCUCCUCGAGGCGUUCUCGAAGGUUGUAAGAGAGAACGCGGCUAGUCCUGUGUCGUGCGCUAUGUAGUUUCCUUGUUGGCAGCACGCGACGUCUUCAUUAUCGUGCCGUCGUCCGCGCUCGACAUCAUCGGUGGCACAGGUCUUCAUUGACGGAGCACUUCGGACUGAGCGGCGUUGUGUGCCUGGUGCACUUGCCGUUAAAAUAUUUUGGUUUUGACAAGUGCCGACCGUGGUCUAUGUGGAGGUGACUGUAGACGUCUGAGCACCAGAGCAGCCUGAAAGAAAGUGUGCGCUUAAGAAGUCGCAGCCGUCCGCGCUGCCUUUCUCGUCGCCGUUACCAGCGUGAGACGUUAUCUGAAUGCCUGCACGGCACCUCGCCAAAGGCCGGCGCGGACCGUCUGGUGGCUUGUUCCUAUUGGUUUUCGUGGUGUUGCCCCUGGUGACGUCCCUCUUGUAGGCGCCAAAGAAGCGCUGGUUCUCUUGUUUCCUGGGCGCUCUCAGGGGAACUCCUGACUCUCUGUCUGGGCAAUGGGGAAGUCUAGUCAUCUUAUCGUUGUCUCGUGUGUUAUUUUUGUGGUGCGAAAGAUGGAUAAGAAUCGCUUGCCGAUGACAUGGCCGUCGCCUUAGGAGAGCGAAUCAACUUGCUUUUUUUUUUGCUGAAUUCACAUAACAGGUUGAGCGGCUGGCCCGUUGACAUAACUGCUAUGGCGCUGGAGGUGUGUUAUUGUGGUCCUUGAGACGUGGAAUUAAGCAGGCAUGGUAUGAAAUCUGUGAGGUGUCCUAUUUACAAUUGACUAAAGUGGACCUUUCUUGAAAGUAUAUGUUGCAGAGGUGCUUAUGUUAUCUAAACGCAUCAGAUAACGGCCUAGUCACUGUUAAUCGUUUUUUUUUCUGUGGAGAGAAGCUGCGACGUAAUGAAAUGGCUCA